CUACAAAACAUUGAGAAAACAAGCCCUUGUGAAUCGCAUUUCAUUUUUAUUUUCUUGUCCCACACUCAAUUAAUUUCCAGUUGGUGAAGACAAACCCAUGUGAAACUCUGCUCUAGCUUGUCCUAUACUUCAAGACCACAAGUUUCAGAGAGAAGCUUCACAAAAGGAUUCGAACUUUCAGAGAAAGAAACUAGAAAUGGCUUUCGUAAGAAAUAUUCUGGGUGCAAAGAAGAUUCUUGGAGCCGCAACAAGCAAAAGAGCAACCUCAGCGGCGCCAAAAGGGUUUCUAGCGGUGUACGUAGGAGAGAGCCAGAAGAAGAGAUAUGUGGUGCCAAUCUCAUACUUGAGCCAGCCUUCGUUUCAAGCUCUUCUCAGCAAAUCUGAAGAAGAGUUUGGGUUCGAUCAUCCAAUGGGUGGUUUAACGAUCCCUUGUCCUGAAAAUACUUUCAUCAAUGUUACUUCUCAGCUGAAGUGAUGAUUAUUCUUCAAAUUAGAAAUAGAUUUUGUUCCUUGUAAAUAUAGGAUACCAAUUUUAUGAUAUAGACACAACAUGAUUCAUGUUAAAUUUAAUACAAAUUUAAUUUCAUAAUUAUUUUUAGGGAAUUUAAACGGACUUCCACAUUAAUUUUUUUUUAAUAAAAAUACAAAAUUAAAAUCUAAAAGUCAUAAAAUCUACUAAUACUACUCCCAUAAUCAGUAGUCAGAUGGUUUAAGCCCAAACAAACCUGGCUGAGUUUAUUUCACGCAUCUUAAUAAAUAGAGAUCAGCACUAGUUUGAGAUCCUGACUAUGUUUUGAAUAGGCUGUGGAAUGAAAAUAAGAAGUGAUGAUACUCUGGCUAUGAAAAGUUUCAUCAUAAACAUCCAGAACAAGGCAAAUGAAAUUAAAACUUCCCCUGAUUGCCAGACGAAGAUGAAUAACUACACAGUAAGCGAUCUGCCAACAAGUUGAGAGCCAACGAGGAUUGUGUCCAGAACACAAGGAUAAAGAAGUGGCUUCAGAAAGUAAAUAUCCCAGUUUGUUAUGAAGUAGAGUUGAUGUCACUUCAAAGUUCAAUGGAUCUGGCGAAGCUUGUGACAUAAAAUACAAAUGCUCAUAAGCAUAAACUUUGAAAAUGGACAUCAAUGAGGAUAAGAUUAGUUGUAAACUUGAACUUCAAUUUCGAAUACUUAUUUAGAAAGAGUUCCGAUAGUUGUAUAGGAUUCAAUCUUUUAUUUCUUUUCAAGAGACUUUAGAGAAAGACAUUCCAUCAGAGAAAUAAAGGAGACGAAAAGAAAACAAACAUUACAGCAAAUGCAUCGAAUCUAACUUCGACUAAAAUAUUUUUAGAAAGUAAUAAAACCAAACAAAAACACAACCAU